AUGCAUGAUGAAACGGGUGAAUUAACAAAAGAUUUGAAAUUAGAAGCUGGUAAUGAUGCGUCACACGUAAAAUGGUAUCGACUUGAUCGUGAUCAUAAUUUAUAUGCAUCACACGAGAAAAUGAUUCAAAUUGUUAUUGAAAAACAUGGAGCUUAUAAAUAUUGGCAUGAUCAUCCUAAUUCGACCAAAUCUACCCUGCGAUGUGGUGACAUUGCCAUUGAACUUUUCUUUUCUAUGAAAUAUUUUAAUACGUCUUGA